UCUUAGCACAACACAACGCGCCUGCAUAACAACCACCCCAAACACUCGGCGUGCUCGCGACGACGAUGCCUAUAACCUCGAUCCCCCAGAUAAGCCCUGCGCGGAUACGGUCGUAUAUCCUGCGCCUGCCAUUCUGCACAAAGCUCCUAGUUGCGGCCAUUGUAGGACUAUGGGUUGCGACGAUUCCGUUUCCGUGGAUUAGAGACUUUGGGGCUUUGGAGCCGGCCAAGAUGGAUUUGACGCAGAUGCACCGACUCAACUUGUUUCCCUUGCUCCAUUGGAAUUUCAUCCACAUGAUCUUCAACCUCUUCGCCGUAACACCACUUAUCGAGCGCUUCGAGUCCGAGUACGGGACACUAGUCACGCUGGCGCUUUUCACUGGGCCUUUUGGAACCAUACCAGGAGGCGUAUACACCUUGUUGGAGAAGUUUGUGCUGAGGAGUAAUACCUCGGUCAUGGGUGCGAGCGUAUGGGUGUUCCUCCUGCUAUCAGCCGAAGUGAUGAAGACACACAAGGCGAACCCCUACUUUAGUGUCGGACCCUACAAGAUUCCAACCUGGACCACACCACUCAUUCUUAUCGUUCUGACCAGCAUACUCGUCCCGCACGUCAGUCUUGUGGGCCACCUGUGCGGUGCAGGCCUCGGCUACCUCUGGGCUUCCGGAUACAUCAAGUUCCUCGUACCACACGAGAAGAUCUUGAGAUGGAUUGAGACGAAACUGAACCUGCUCGGAAGGUUACCGCACUACGUCAGUGUCGACCAAAAGACAUACGGCCGCUACGGCGUGCUUCCGACUACGAGCGUGCCGCUGAGCAAUAGGACUCCUGACGGUGGACAACGACUUGGGCCGUAGUCGAGUCAAACGAGGGAUUUGGGCUGUCGAUUUGCUACCGGCGUUUUUGCAUUGCGCGGAGUCUACGUCGCCACGAGGCGUUGAGGUGUGUUGCAGUGCUUGUAAUACGGACGAUUGGUCUUUCUGUACAGAUAUGUAGACUUAACGCGAUACGGCAUAAUUCUAAUGUUCUCCAAGGCAAAUCU